UUACGUAGCUAGUUCACAUAGAGUCUGCCGUAUUACAGUGUAGGCAGGACAUGUGCAAUCCGUUUGUGUGGGAGGAACUGUGACUAAGGUUUUCUUUUCCAUCUAAACUACGACUGCCUGUCAUUUGACAAGGAGAAAGCAAGGUAAGCGCAAGUGCACGUGGUGCGUACUAUUUCAAGUACAGUAGGCCUUUGAAGAGAAUUCAUCAGAUCGGCAGAAUUGGAGGAGGCCCGAGCCGCAUCUGACUGCAGUGGAUUGUCUGUUCACACAGGAUGCCUGAAGGAACGAGUUACAAUGUCGGUCUAGGCGUUUUCCCAGUAGAGACUUGUUUGAUCUAGAGUUACAACUAAAUCAUCUUCAUCAUGGGUCAAAAAGAUGCACCAAAAGACCGCUUUCACCUUGUUGGAGUCAUCUUCUUUAUUCAAGGUCUUGGUACUCUUCUGCCCUGGAACUUCUUCAUAACAGCUAUUGGGUACUUUAAUGAGCGCUUGAGAAGCAACUUUGUGCAUCCCAGUUACAACAGUACAAAUGUGACCCACAGUGCUGAACAUGAUGAAUAUCACUUUGGCAACUGGAUGACCCUACUAGCUCAGCUACCAUUGCUACUUUUUACCCUUCUCAAUUCCUUCUUGUAUCAGUGGAUCUCAGAACGCAUCCGCAUUGCAGGCAGUUUAUUAUGUAUUCUUCUGUGCUUCAUCCUGACUGCUGCUUUUGUCAAAAUAGACAUGGAACCUGGAACUUUCUUCUCUGUGACCAUGGCUACAAUAUGGUUUAUUAACUCAUUUGGAGCGGUCCUACAAGGCAGUCUGUUUGGACUGGUGGGAUUACUGCCACAGAAGUACAGUACCCUCUUCAUGAGUGGCCAAGGCCUUGCUGGGAUCUUUGCUGCUUUGGCUAUGCUGAUAGCCCUUUCACUGGGUACAGACACAAGGACUGCAGCACUGGGAUAUUUUAUAACACCAUGCAUUGGAACCCUAAUUUCGGUAUUUACAUACUUGAUGCUUCCUCAUUUGGAAUUUUCAUCUUAUUACUUGAAUAGAAAUCAUAAAUUACAUGAAUUGGAGACCAAAGAUCAUCUGCUUCAAACAGAAAAUGGAAAGGAAAAUGGCCAUGCCAAUGGUGGCAAGCAAGCCUAUCUCGCACUUGACCAAACUGAGAAUGGAGAGGUGAAUACGCAGAAAAAGUCUUCUGUAUUCCAAGUUCUUAAAAAGAUAAAGAUGAUGGCUUUCUGCAUCACACUUGUGUUCACAGUGUCCCUCUCUGUAUUUCCUGCAGUCACAGCUGAUGUUAAGAGUCAAUUUGGAGAUCCAUGGAACAAGUAUUUCAUUCCUGUCUGCUGCUUUCUGGCAUUCAAUUUGAUGGAUUGGGCAGGACGAUCUGUGACAGUGUGUGUUCGAUGGCCUUCGAAGAACAGUUGUUUUUUCCCACUACUGGUUUGUGCACGCAUCGUCUUCAUACCUCUGUUAAUGCUGUGCAAUGUCCAGGAGCGUACCUAUCUCCCAGUGAUUUUCCAUCAUGAUGCCGUCUUUGUUAUCCUCAUGGCGCUCUUCUCUUUCACCAGUGGCUAUUGUGCCUGCCUAUCCAUGUCCUACGCACCUCAAAUGGUUGAACCCCAAGAUGUCGAGACAACUGGGGCCUUGAUGACCUUCUUUUUGGCAUUAGGGUUGUCUCUGGGGGGUGCACUCUCGUUUCUUCUACGAAUGAUUGUCUAGAAGUGGAAACAUGCAAAUCCCCAUUUUAUAUAUAAGUUUAUUUAUUUAUUUUAUAUUUUCCUAAAGGCUGCCUAGCAGAUGAAUCAGAAGAUUAUAAAAAUCUGUAAAAAUCUUCGAGUGAAGCAUUGAAAUUUUAGAAUUAUGAACAGUAAUUUGUUUGAAUUUAGUUUUUAAACUAGUAAAUUGGUUUUGUAUGUGCUAGCUUUAGAUUUAAUUUAAUUUUAGUUUUAAUUUAACCUACACAAUUUUUUCACAUUUCUUAUGAACCAUCUUUUGAAGAUGUAUAAAUAAUAUCAAGUGUUUGGUUUCUCUUUUAUCUCUUGGACUUUUUCACUUUUGGGGCUGAAAGAUCUAGUCAUGUAACACAGUAUCAUUUUGUUUUUUUUAAUGGCUGUAGAUAGGCAGAUUUUUUUGUUGUACAUCAUGUCAGAGAGAACUCGACACUGAAUGUAAAAGUAUUUGAACAAGCGGCGCACUGUGGCGUUACCAGCGCUGCGGUGUGAACUGCCAGGCCUGUCUGCUCAGAGCGGCGCCAGCUUUGGGUUCAGCUUUUUCUUUUUAGUCCUUUAUUUUUCAUGUUUAUUAGUCUAUUUUUAUAUUUUUUUGUUUUAACAAAUGGGAACAAAGUAAACAUAAGGGAUUUUAAAGUUUAUUUUUGUAUUGCUUGGUAUUACAAAGCGUGUAUUGUUCUUUAUAUUUAUUUUAUUUUUUAAAUGCAUAAUUUUUGUUUUAUGUUCAAAUGUUACAUCCAAGUACAGUGAAAAUCAAAGGGAAUCGGGCAGAUGGCUUGUAAGGUUAGAAUAUCCAUCAUGGGAGAGUUCACGAUAGACUUCAUGAUUCUGUGCUUUGUGUACUUAUUGGAAAUCU